CUAUAUAUACACAUCUUUCUCUCUUUCCCUACUUGGCACCAUUGUGUACCCCAACAUCGUCGUUUCACCCCCAUAAAUCCUAAAACCCAAAUUUGCGAAUUCUUAGAAACCCUAAUUGUGCCCUCCUGAGGCGGAAGAGGAGAUGGUUUUCUACUACAAAGCUCGGCCCGAGGUGGGCGAUUACACCAUCUUCAUGGGACUUGACAAGCACGAGAACGAGGAGCUCAUCAAGUACGGAUUCCCCGAAGAUAUCUGGUUUCACGUAGAUAAAAUGUCCUCUGCUCAUGUCUAUCUGAGAUUGCACAAAGGUCAGACAAUAGAUGAUAUAAGUGAAGGUUUACUCGAAGAUUGUGUGCAGCUCGUCAAAGCUAAUUCCAUUCAAGGAAAUAAGAUGAACAAUAUUGACGUCGUUUAUACACCAUGGUACAACCUGAAGAAGACUCCUUCGAUGGAUGUUGGGCAAGUUGGCUUUCACAAUUCGAAGAUGGCACGUACAGUGAAAGUAGAGAAGCGGAUUAAUGAAAUAGUUAAUAGGCUGAAUAAGACAAAAGUGGAGAGGAAGCCGGACUUGAAAGCUGAGAGAGAAGCGGUUAAUGCCGCUGAAAGAGCUGAAAAGAAGCUUCAAUUGAGAGAUAAAAAACGCCGAGAAGAGAUGCAAAGGCUUGAGAAGGAAAGGUUGGCAGAUCUUCGAAGCUACAAGGGCUUGAUGGUCUCAGAGAAGAUGACAUCCAACAAACAAAUUGCAUCGAAUCACAAAUCGUUGCAGGAACUCGAAGAUGAGUUCAUGUGAAGCCCAGCCGACUCAAUAAAUACCUCUCAAUGGGAUCUUAGGUGUGAUUCUGUGAUAUCUUCCUUCCACAUUCUGUAAGGUAAUAUGUCCUCCGAAUUGUGAAAGUCACAAGAUGUUGAGAGUUUUGUACAGUGUAUUUGUCUGUUCUUGGGCAGGCCAUGAUUUGUAAGAUGUGGUGGUUUAUUGGGUUCAAUGAAAAGCAGGGUAUUUCACCACUUGUUUUCUCA